UUUGGUUUCUCAGAUGGCGCACUUAGUAUUUUGCGGGUGUGUAGGCAACUAAAUUGUCUGCAGCUUUCUGACAAAACAUUUGUGAUUUGGCGCGAAUUGAACUCACGUGCAGUCGUGAAUCCCGCAUGACCACUUCUGCAACGUACUCGAUCUAAGUCAAAAGUGUAAAAUAAAACUAUAGAUUAUUAUUAUUCCAUAACUAGAUAAAAAAUUAGGUCCUGUAUGCGUUCGUGUUGUAAUUAAUAAUGAAGAAACCAACGAAAAAAGAUAUUUAUGGUCUUGGUAGACACAAAGUCUUGGAGUGCGACAAGACUGAAAAUGGUAAUGAACUGCGUCUUGUUGUUUCCCCAUUAGACGAGACAUACAAAACGAAGAAAAUUUGCAUGCUAAGAGACUUUUGGCUAGAAACUGAUAUCAAAGUGGGUGAUGAUGUCCAUAUACAUGCAGAUUGGUAUGAAUCAUUUGAUGAAAACUUUGAAAACUAUGACUUGGCUAUUGUUGAUAGACAAAGUGGUCUCAUCGUUGUCAAACCAGACCUGUUAGUGUCUGGAACUUCAGUUGUCUCUUCACUCUUUUGUCAACGCAAAGCAGUGCUUUCUGAAAGAUUUCGUGGAAUUGAGCCUACAAAUCAGGUUAUGCUCAAUGGAACUAUAGUCCAUCGCCUUUUACAAAAAGCAUUAAUAGAAAAAACUUAUGACACCUCUUCACUAAAUAAAAUAGCUGACAAAUUACUUAGCGACCCUUCGACUAUUCACGAUCUAUAUGGGGCGAAUAUACCUAAGAGUCAUCUGAAAAACAGUGUUUCCGAAUACAUUCCUAUGAUCAAAAAUUUCAUCGAUAAGUACAUCAAUGCAACUCGACCCUGCGAAGUAAGCAAAAGAGACAACAGGCAACAGGUUGUCGGAAAAAGCGGGAAGUUUGGAAAUUCCCCGACUAUGUGGGACGGUCAAAUCGAUUCCGUCUGUGAUAUAGAAGAGAAUAUGUGGUCUCCGUGGCUUGGCGUUAAGGGAAAGGUGGAUUUUACUCUGAAGGUGAACGAUAAAAAGCUUGGACGAGUCAAGAUGCCUUUAGAGUUAAAGACUGGGCGUUCGUCCUUCUCCGCGGAACACAAAGGACAAGUUACUCUUUAUUCAAUGAUGAUGAACCAGCAGACCGGUGUUAAAAAAGCAACAGAUGAAAAUCCAGGUGGUUUAUUACUUUACCUCAAAGACGGUGCCAUCCAACACGUACCUGCCGGCCAUAGCGAGAAACAGGGUCUCGUUCAGUUAAGAAACGAAAUGGUCAAGUACUUAACAUCGCCUACCUCGAUCUCGGAAAACGGAGAAAUCUCCGAGGGGCAACUUCCUUCACGAAUUGAUCGCGUGAAUAUGUGUGCUUCAUGUCCAUUACGGGUUGAAUGCACCGUCUAUCAGAUUGCUGAAGAUGCCGGCAAUGAAAGCAUGUCUUCGACGCCCUUACCUCUUGAGUCGGUUGCUCAUUUAAGUUCUGCAUAUCAGGACUACUUUUUACAUUGGUCGAAAAUGCUGCGACUUGAAUCUGAAGAAUCCCAACAUCGUUCUCGUUCCAUCAGCGAUAUUUGGUGCAUAGAUCCAGUUGAUAGAGAAGCUCAGGGAAAUUGCAUCAGUUUUCUAAAGGUUCAAGAUUGCCUUGCGUCGCAAAAUCCUACCUCAGAUUUCAAUCAAUAUUCAAUCCAGCUUAUUCCGGUUAAUCGUAGUCAUCUACCUUUUAACACAUUACUGCUACGAGGUGACAGCGUAGUGCUCAGUACUGACAAAGAAGUGGCCGUUGCCACUGGCUGUCUAGUUGACAUCAGUCCCAGUUCUAUUACUGUCUCUACCGACCGGAAUGUUCACAAUUGGGAUCGAAAUUUUGAGGUCCUCCACUUGGAUAAACUGGAGUAUCAAGGCGGCCAAACGCUCUUAUAUUCGAACCUCAGUCGACUGAUGGCAAAUAAUGCAAAUGCCGUCCGACUGCGGGAGUUAAUCAUUGAUAAAAAAGUUCCUGUUUUUAAAGCCGGCUUGCCGAGAAGUUUGCUUGAAGUUUUCUGGCCCGUUUUGAAACCCUUGAAUGGAUUCCAGAGAAGAGCUGUACUAAAAGCUCUGACUUGCGAAGAUUAUUGUCUUAUUAACGGUCUACCUGGCACUGGAAAGACUUCUCUCAUUGUGGCUUUGAUACGACUGGCCGUCCUGCUUAAACAGUCCGUACUCUUGACUAGCUACACUCACUCGGCCGUCGACAACGUCUUGCUCAAACUCUGCCAAUUUAAUGAUGUGGAAUUUGUUCGGAUCGGCCGCGAGCAUCGCACCCACCCUUCCAUAUUGCCCUACAGUGCCGAAGUCAAAACCCAAACUUGUCACACAGUGGAAGAGUUAGAAAAUGUUUACAACGUGCCAGUGGUAGCUGCAACUUGUCUAAGUGUCGGCCAUCCAGCUUUAAUUCGUCGCAGAUUCGAUUUGUGCAUUGUCGACGAAGCAGCUCAAGCCUUACAGCUGGCUGUCAUCGGACCACUUACUGCAGCCAAAAGAUUUGUUCUUGUUGGCGAUCCUCUUCAACUCCCACCAGUCGUCCAAAGUCGAUCAGCCAAAUCGUUGGGCAUGGAUGAAUCGCUUUUCGUGCGGCUAAGUCGGGUGACGCCCAGUGCCUCCGUGACUCUCAAACUCCAAUACAGGAUGUGUGGCCCGGUCAAUGUUUUGGCCAAUAAAUUGACGUACGGAGGCGAGUUGGAGUGCGGCAGUGAAGAAAUCGAACAGGCAACGCUCCAGUUGCCUUCCCUUACUUCCAUUCAAGAAAAAUAUGCUGACCGGCCGUGGCUUCUCUCGGUCAUUAAACCGGGGUUGCUUCACGCCGUUGUCUUCCUCGACACGAGCUUACUGGGAGCCAUCAAAGCUAAUCGUUCGGGCAACGAAAGCGAUGAAAGUAACAAGUCGCCCGUCAACCAUCUGGAAGCCAACUUGGCCAUGCUGAUUGUGCAAGCAUUACACGGCAGCGGCUUGUCGUACGAUCAAGUCGGCAUCAUCGCACCUUACCAGUCGCAGGUGCAACACUUGAGAAAGAUGGCCAUCGAGACACCUGAGUUGGAAAUCAACACGGUCGACCAGUACCAAGGUCGUGAUAAAGAAGCCAUUAUUUACAGCUGCACCAAGAGUGAAUCUGGCGCCGACUUGAUGGUGAUCAAGGAAGGCGCUCAAACUAUUCUGCAUGAUAUUAGACGUUUGACGGUGGCUCUGACACGAGCCAAGCACAAAUUGAUUGUCAUCGGUGACAGUGACACUCUUCAGCGGUAUCCACCCUUUGCCAAGCUGCUAGCCUCCCUCGAAUCAUCCCAGCGCUAUCAACUCUGCCCCGGAAAGGAUCAACUUUAAAUGCCUCAAUAUAGUCUCCUUGGGUCGUAAGACUUUGCUUUUCUAUUCACGAAUGCCUUUUUUAAAAUUCCAAUUUCAAUUCCAAUGUUAUUGAUGUAACCACAAAUUUUCAUUUCUUAAUUCUUCUUCCUCCUUUAGCAUUUCGGAACUUUUU